AUGGCAUCUGGCAUCCCUUGUUCAGCACCGGCGUUCGACGCGUCGAGUCAUCACGGAUCGACUCCCCGAUCAAUUGAGCUUUCCCGUUUGGAUGGCCCAUCAUCUGUUCCAGCCACCGUAACGCCCAACACCACUGAGGAGUAUGACAACCAGGUCGAAGCUGAUUCCUCGAGUCUUAGAAACGAGUCGUCUCUGGCCCCUGUGGAUGGGGGGUAUCGAGCAUGGUCAUUUCUGGCCGGUGCGUUCAUGAUAGAAACGAUUGCGUGGGGCUUCCCAAGCUCUUAUGGUGUCUUCCUCGAUGCCUACCUCGCCGAUUCGAAAUGGUCUUCACAACCUAAUGCAGCAUAUCUUUUGCCACUCACUGGUAAUUUAUGCUCCGGACUUAUGUAUUGUACCAGCUGUUUACUUUACCCUCUCACCAAUCGGUUUCCUCAACUUCGGACGACGAUGAUGUGGGUUGGUGCCGUCCUGUCGUGGGUCGCUCUCUUUGCAGCCAGUUAUGCGACUAGCGUAACCCAAUUAGUUGGAUUACAAGGCGCUCUUUACUCCUUGGGCGGAGCACUAUUGUACGCCCCGAUCCCAGGCCUCCUCCAAGAAUGGUUCGUCAAACGGCGUGGAAUGGCCUACGGCGUCAUCUUCGCCGGAACGAGUUUCGCAGGCCUUUUCUUCCCCCUCCUCCUCCCCCAUCUCUUCACCCUAUGGGGCACCGGGAAAACUCUGCGUUAUCUUUCGAUAGUUCUGGUCGUGUGUUCCGCAGGGUCGUUGUUCCUGAUUAAACCGCGGUUGCCGCUGCAGAGGGUGCAUGGGCCGAGUAGGGGUGGGAUACAGGCGUGGGUCAGGGAUUGGAGUUGGUGGUUGUUGAUUGUGGCGAAUACGUUGCAGGGGUUUGCGUAUUAUGUGCCGAUCGUGUGGUUGCCUACGUUUACAUCUGCAUUGAACGUAUCGAGUUCUACUUCGUCGCUCUCACUGUCCCUAUUGAACGGAGCAUCCGUCAUCGCCAAGCUCGGCUUCGGUGCCCUCUCCGACUACGUCUCCCCCUGGAUCAUCGCCCUCUUCAUGUUCACCUGCACGUCCGUCGCCACAUUCGUCCUUUGGGGCAUCACUGGCCACGUCGUGGCCGGUGUGCUCGUGUUCGGAGUGGUCUAUGGGAUACUGGCGGGUGGGUGGUUCGCUAUCUGGGGAGCAUUCGUCAAGGGGAUCACUAAGGAUAAUCCUUCGGCGUCCAUGACGCUCAUGGGCAUGCUCAUGCUUUCCACCGGCCUCGGAAACAUCCUCUCAACCCCAAUCUCCACCGCCCUAUCCUCGUCCUCGUCUUCCAUUGUCUCAUCCUCCGGCAACAACAACAUGAGUCACACCGGGUUCGGAGUGCAAGGUGGGAAAUACGAAGGAAUGAUCGUAUACGUGGGGAGUUGUUUUGCUGCUGCGGCGUUGGUGGCGUUGUUGGGGUGGGGAGGGGAGAGGAAGGGAUUCGUGAUGGCGGGGAGGCGGGUCUGA